UAAAGAGGAUGAAGCAGCUGUGAUGUGUAGUAACCAGGCUAGUCCUGUUCACAUCAUAAUGAUGUUAAACUGAGUAAUAAAGUGAACAUCAGACCGUCCACGUGUCUGUCUGUACUGGGAGGAAGUCAAACACUUUCACUUUCUGUCUCUUGGGCUGCGGACAAGUGACGGGACAUGAAGACGAACUACAACUGAACUAAAGGUUGCUACUGCAGCAGCUGCUCUCCAGCACAGUGACGUCAUGGCGGCUGCAGCAUCAGAUGAUCUGCAUCCUCUGAAGCGCAGCAGCAGUUAUGAAAUCCUGCCACCUAACAUGUCUGAGCUGAGGGUGGUUCUGCUGGGGAACAGCUGGUCUCAGAGGAGUUCAGUGGGGAACUUCAUACUGGGAACAACUGAGUUCAACACUGAGGAAGAACCAGACCGCUGUCUGAGAGUCAGAGGACGAAUGAAGGAGAAAGAAAUAGUUCUGAUCAACACUCCAGAUCUGCUGCAUCCCAACAUGUCUGAAGACAGACUGACAGAACAUGUAGAAACCUGUGAGAGACUCUCUGAUCCUGGACCUCAUGUGUUCCUGCUGGUUCUACAGCCUGAAGACUUCAAACAAAGACACAAACAAAGGCUGCAAUCAAUACUUGAAAACUUAAGUGAUCGAUCAUUUGAUCAUUCACUGGUUCUGAUAUCAGCACCCAGAGAGGAGAGUCCAGGUCUGAUGGAUGAAUACAUGGAAGGUUCUCCAUUAAAAGAAAUGAUCCGAAUGUGUAGAUACAGAUACUUGAAGCAAAAACCUGAUGAACAUUUACAGCUGUUGACAUGGUUGGGUCAAAUCGUAAAGGAGAAUAAUGGAGAUCACGUCAGCUUUGAUGUGUUCAAAGACACAAUAUCGUCUUUACCACCUGAUCAUCAAAGCCCCAAACUAAAGGAAACACAGAUAUCCAUCUUCAGUCCUGUGAAAGCUGCUGGGCUGCAUGCUGUAGGAAUCACUUCAACUCACACAUCUGGACUCAGGAUUGUGCUGCUGGGAAAAAGUGAGGACAAACAGACGAGACUUGGUAACUUCAUCAUCGGGGACCAAACUUUUAAUAACCAAAAGAACAGGAAGUGUGUGGCCACGUGUGGAGAGUGGAGAGGAAAUCCUCUAACUGUAGUUAAAACUCCAGACAUGUUCAGUCUGUCUGAGGAAGCUGUGAGAGAAAAGAUGCAGAGCUGCAUCAGUCUUUGUCUUCCUGGACCAAAUGUUCUCCUGCUGUUAGCGAAACCUUCUGAUUUCAUAGAGAAGAACAGAGAAACUCUGAAGUUCAUCCUGAAUUUGUUUGGUCAAGAUGCUUUCAAACACUCGAUGGUCAUCGUCACACAUGAGGAGAAGAAAGUUACUCUCCCUGUUGAUGAACUCCUUACAGACUGUGGAGGAAGACACUACAACAUGUCUGAAGACAACCACUGGUUAUUGAUGCAGAAGAUGGAGCAGAUUGUCCAUGAAAACAGAGGAGCCUUCCUCACCUGCAGUGAAGAGACCAUCAGACCAAAGUGUGAAGACACCAGAGCAGCUUUAAACCUGGUUCUGUGUGGGAGGAGAGGAGCAGGGAAGACUUCAGCAGCUGAGGCCAUUUUAGGUCAGACAGAGUUUCCUUCAGUCUCCAAGUCAUCAGAGUGUGUUCAGAGUCAGGGAGAGGUGUGUGGACGUUGGGUUUCCCUGGUGGAGCUGCCUGCCUUGUGUGGAAAACCUCUGGAGGAAGUGAUGAAGGAAUCACUCAGGUGUAUCUCCCUCUGUGAUCCUGAGGGCGUCCAUGCCUUCAUCCUGGUCCUACCUGUGGAUCCCCUCACUGAUGAAGACAAGAGUGAGUUAAAGACCAUCCAGAACACAUUCAGCUCUCGAGUCAAUGACUUCACCAUGAUUCUGUUCACUGUGGAGUCAGAUCCUACAGCUCCAGCUGUUGGUAACUUUGUAAAAGGAAACAGAGACAUCCAGGAGCUGCUUCAGAGCUGUGGAGGAAGACAUGUUGUUCUCAACAUCAAGGACAAGCAGCAGAUCCCAGAGCUGUUGGACACGGUGGAUAAAAUGAGACUGAGACUCUACAAAGACAAACUGUGCAGCUACACAACAGAAACAUUUGCAUUUGCUCAAAUAGAAAAGAUCAGACAACAAGAGGAAAACAUCACCACACUGCAGGCUGAGCUGAAGGACCUGAGAACAAAAAGCAUCAUCAGCUGUGCUGAUGAAGAACAGAGCCCAGAGUGUCUCAGGAUUGUUCUGAUAGGGAAGACUGGCUGUGGGAAGAGCUCUUCAGGAAACACCAUUCUAGGGGGAAAUGAGUUUACGGCCAAAUCAAGCCCGACAUCAGUCACUAAGUGUUGUCAGAAAGCACAGACUGUAGUAAACGGUCGUCCAGUCGUUGUGGUCGACACUCCUGGUCUGUUUGACUCAACUCUGUCUCAUGAGGAGGUUAAUGAGGAGAUGGUGAAAUGCAUCAGUCUUCUGGCUCCAGGACCACAUGUCUUCCUGCUGGUGAUAGAAAUCGGCAGAUUUACACCAGAAGAGAAGGAGACAUUAAAACGUAUUGAGGAAGGCUUCUGGAAGAAUGCUGAGAGGUUCACCAUCGUUCUGUUAACUGGAGGAGAUAAACUAAAGAACGACGAGAUAUCUGUUGAAGAAUACAUUGAAAAAGAAUGUGAUGAUUCCUUAAAGAAUCUGAUCGCUGACUGUGGAGGAAGAUACCACGUGUUUGAUAACUACAGUAAAGAAAACCACAUGCAGGUCAGUGAGCUGAUCACCAAGAUCGACACCAUGGUGAAGACAAAUGGAGGCAGCUGCUACACUAAUGAGAUGCUGCAAGAGGCCGAGGCAGCGAUACAGAAAGAGAUGGAGAGAAUCCUGAAGGAAGAAGAGAUGAGGAGAGAGAGGGAGGAGCUAAAAAGAAAACAUGAUGAAGAGAUGGAAGAGAUGAAAAGAAGAAUGGACAAACAGAAAGCAGAAAUAGAAAAGGAGAGAAAACUGAGAGAAAAACAACUUAAAGAAAAGGAAGAAAACAUCAACAAAGAACGUGAGGAAAGAAAGAAAGAACAGGAAAUGAGAGAAGAAGAAGACAGGAAGAAAAAACAAGAGGAAGAAAUUCACAAACAGGAGUGGAAACAAAGAGUUGAUGCUCUGGAGGAAAAAAUCAGAUCGGAGAGAGAAUCAAAGGAAAAACUUCAGAGAAAGUUGGAGGAGAGCAGAGAAGAGAUGUGGAGAGAACGAGAGAACUGGGAGAAAAAACGAAAGGAAUGGUGGGAAAAAAGACUUGAAGAAGAUGAACAGAGACGACAGGAGGAACAAACAAGACUCAGAAAACUGCAAGAAGAAUAUGAGAAAGAAAGAGAAAAUCAUGAAAAGAAAAGAAAACAAGAGGAGAAAGAGAGAAAACACAUGGAGGAAGAACUGAGAGAGAAAGACAGAAAAGACAUGGAGGAGGAGAAAAUGGAAGCUCUGAAGGAGACGUAUGAAGAAAAAGCCAGAGAGAAAGCUGAAGAGUUCAGUGAGUUCACAGAGAAAUACAACAAGAAGUUUGAAGACCAGAAGAAAGAACACGAGGAACAAACUGAAGGAAAAUGAAGUAAGAACAUCUUAGUCAAGUUUCUGACUCGGUGAAUUGUGUGACCAAAAGGAGAGCGAAUCUGAAACAAGUUGAUGACUCACUGAAAAAUCAAGAAGAAAAAACUGAACAGGUGAAAACUGAAGACGAAAAGAAAAAAAAUGCAGAAACAACAUGAAAAACAAAUGAGUGAUCUGAUAAAGGAACUUCUAAGAGAAGAUAAGUCAUGGUGGAGUGUACAACAUUAAACUGGAGGUAACCAUGGCAACAGCAGCUUAGUCAGCAUUUAACUGUCUCAGACUGUGAAGGAGAAACAGACACACAGCUGAUCUCAGGCAAGAUUUAACUGAUUAUUCAUAAGAAGAACAACUUUAUUUUUAUAGAGAAUCUUAAAAAAACUGUCACAAAGUGAUUUACACACAGUAAAACUGCAAAUGAAUACAAAUACAAGUCGAACAAAGUAGAAGUCAGUGUGGCGCAGAUGUGACUCGAUGUGUUCCAGAAACAUGUAUUUACAUUAACAUACAUGUAUUAACUGUCUCACAGGGCUGAAGUUACAGCUCACACAAGACAGAAGACAAAUGAGAGAAGGAAACUGUGUCAAUAUGAAUCUCUGACAUCAGUCGUUAACUAGUUCUGGUUCAAAAUGAUCUACAGAGGAACAGUUAGAUAAACUACUACUUUACUGUGUUUCAUGCGCCGCCCAGUGGACGGCUGAUGUCACUGCACUGCUGUGUAAAGAUAUUCUGUUCUAUUCUGCAACUGUGAAAACGUGUCAGCACGUCAACACGUUUUUUUCUUUUGUAAAAAGUCUUUAUGAUGUUCAUUCUGUAUGGUUGAGUUGUGAAUUUAUUUAUUUUUUUGCUGAUUGUUUUCCUUAAUCUUUCCUUUUAUUGUCUGUGUUAUUCAUUUACAGAUUUAAAACAGCUCAGUAAAGGAAGAUUAUGAGAAAAAAAAAUGCCAUUACAGACAAUUAAUGUUUUAUGUUUUUCUUACAUGCUUUGUAACUGACAACAUCUACUUAAAACAAUCCAGAUGAAUCUUAAGUGCGGUAGUUCUGUCUGUGAUCUUUGGUUUCUUGUCAUGAUAAAAGAUGAAUAAAGUGUUUCCUGUA